UGUUGCACUAGAAUGGCCGCACCGUUCUGAGACUGCGGAUACUGGCGCGGCGGCGUCAAGAUGGCGGCAGCAGUGGCGGCGGCGGCAGCAGCGGCGGCCGCAGCUGCAUCCCUUCAGGUGCUGGAGAUGGAGAGCAUGGAGACCGCCGCCGCCGGCUCAGCGGGUCUGGCCGCCGAGGUCCGAGGCAGCGGCACGGUGGACUUCGGGCCCGGGCCCGGGAUCUCUGCCAUGGAAGCAAGCGGGGGCGAUCCUGGCCCGGAGGCUGAGGACUUCGAGUGCAGCUCCCACUGCUCGGAGCUGUCCUGGCGGCAGAACGAGCAGCGGCGCCAAGGCCUUUUCUGCGACAUCACUUUGUGCUUCGGUGGCGCCGGAGGCCGCGAGUUCCGGGCCCACCGCUCCGUGCUGGCUGCCGCCACCGAGUACUUCACACCCCUGCUCUCGGGCCAGUUUUCCGAGUCGCGCUCGGGCCGGGUGGAGAUGCGCAAGUGGAGCUCGGAGCCGGGGCCCGAACCCGACACGGUGGAAGCCGUUAUCGAAUACAUGUACACCGGCCGCAUUCGCGUCAGCACCGGCAGUGUGCACGAGGUGCUGGAGUUGGCCGACAGAUUCUUAUUAAUUCGCUUAAAAGAAUUUUGUGGAGAAUUUCUCAAGAAAAAACUUCAUCUCUCAAAUUGUGUGGCCAUUCAUAGUUUAGCGCACAUGUAUACCCUGAGUCAACUUGCUCUAAAAGCUGCUGAUAUGAUACGGAGAAAUUUCUACAAAGUCAUUCAGGAUGAAGAAUUUUAUACCUUACCUUUCCAUCUCAUUCGAGAUUGGCUUUCAGACUUGGAAAUUACGGUUGAUUCUGAAGAGGUUCUCUUUGAAACAGUUUUGAAGUGGGUUCAGAGAAAUGCUGAAGAGAGAGAGAGAUACUUUGAAGAACUUUUUAAAUUGCUCAGGUUGUCCCAGAUGAAACCUACCUAUCUUACUCGACAUGUCAAACCAGAGAGGCUGGUGGCCAAUAAUGAAGUUUGUGUCAAGCUGGUGGCAGAUGCAGUGGAGAGGCAUGCUCUGAGAGCUGAGAACAUACAAUCUGGCACAUUCCAGCAUCCUACUUCUCAUGUCUCAUUAUUACCUCGCUAUGGGCAAAAUAUGGAUGUGAUCAUGGUUAUUGGAGGUGUGUCAGAAGGAGGUGAUUAUUUAAGUGAAUGUGUGGGAUAUUUUGUUGAUGAGGACAGAUGGGUGAACCUGCCCCAUAUUCAUAAUCACCUUGAUGGACAUGCUGUGGCAGUAACAGAAUCCUAUGUGUAUGUUGCGGGAUCAAUGGAACCAGGGUUUGCUAAAACUGUGGAAAGAUACAACCCAAAUUUGAAUACAUGGGAGCAUGUUUGUAGUCUGAUGACAAGGAAGCAUUCUUUUGGGCUAACAGAAGUUAAGGGGAAGCUGUAUAGCAUCGGUGGACAUGGCAACUUUAGUCCUGGCUUUAAAGAUGUGACUGUUUAUAAUCCUGAGCUUGAUAAAUGGCACAACUUGGAAUCAGCACCAAAGAUUCUUCGAGAUGUCAAAGCGCUCGCCAUCGAAGACCGAUUUGUGUACAUUGCUGCCCGCACUCCUGUGGACCGAGACACUGAGGAUGGGUUGAAGGCUGUAAUUACAUGCUAUGAUACAGAGACUCGACAGUGGCAGGAUGUGGAAUCUUUGCCACUUAUUGACAAUUACUGCUUUUUCCAGAUGUCUGUGGUCAAUUCAAACUUUUAUCAGACGGCAUCAUGCUGUCCCAAGAGUUAUUCUUUAGAAAAUGAAGAGGCAGUAAGAAAAAUUGCCAGCCAAGUGUCUGAUGAGAUCCUUGAAAGCUUGCCUCCAGAAGUCCUAAGCAUUGAAGGAGCAGCCAUUUGUUAUUACAAAGACGAUGUCUUCAUUAUUGGAGGCUGGAAAAACAGUGAUGAUAUUGACAAACAGUACCGGAAAGAAGCCUACCGAUACUGUGCAGAGAGAAAAAGGUGGAUGCUCCUUCCUCCCAUGCCACAGCCUCGUUGUAGAGCCACUGCUUGUCACGUCAGGAUCCCAUACCGGUACUUGCAUGGCACACAGAGAUAUCCUAUGCCUCAAAAUCUAAUGUGGCAGAAGGACCGCAUCAGACAGAUGCAAGAAAUACAUCGGCAUGCCCUGAACAUGCGGCGGGUGCCAAGCUCCCAGAUUGAAUGCUAAAUUCUCUAACACAUGCAGCUUAUAAACUGUUCUCCAUGUUUAAACAUGAAGCUGAAGAUACCCAGACUGUUACUUGAAAAAGUAUGUCGAUAACUUAUUUUCUACCUGGAAUGAUUAUAACUCCAUGUAAAGGAAGUAUAGUUAAAAACUGAAGAAUGGGAAACUGAAUUCAAUACAUGGUAAUUUUUGUUAGUUUGUGAUCUUUAUCUGUCUUUAGUUUGUGUGUGUGUGUACAAGCUAAAUAAGAUCUUAUUAAAGACAAGUGGAAAAAGCAGGUCUAAUUAUUUGGCUGUUUUUCUGCCAACAAGUUAUAACUCCUUUGUCUUAAGAGAUUUAUGUUUUGCAAAUGCUUUAAGUACCAAUUUUGUUUGCACAUUUCCUUUGAUAUUCCUUUUCGUUUUUUAUAGAAUGGUUGGUUUCAACAAGAUCAGAAUUUAUGCAUUAAGCCCUGGUCUGCAGGAGGCAUGUGCAAUAGUGAGACUGAAAUUUAAAGGAAAAAAGCACAAUAUUUUAGCAAGAUGAUUUCAGAAUGUUUGCAUUGAUAUUUUUUGUAUGUGUUUAUCUAGAAGUGCUGUUUUGUUCAUUUCUAGGUGAUUGGCUCAUGGUUGUUUUUGUUUUGUUUUUACUUCUUUAGCAGCUAUUUAUAGACUUCAAGCCUUCACCCUGAGAUAUGGUAGUUGGCAAAAAAUUGAAUCCAGAGGAAGUUACAUAUGUGAAUUUGUUUAAGAAGAAAACUUUUUUUUUUUUUUUUUUGGAGAAGAUGAAGAAGAAAAGUAUUAUAAGUGUAGACUGAGAAAUCAAAAGAAUUUAAAACUUUUUUUUCAGGAGUUGCAGGAUUAUUUGAGGAUAUGUUAAUGAGUUUAAUGCUUAUGACAAUCGAUACUCAAUGCCUUCAGUUUUAAGUUUUGCUCUAAUGCAUGUUAUUUAGAAUCUUCAUUUCUUUCUAAAAGAAACUUUUCAAAAUGGAAAGAAAGUAACAAUUUGGAGAAAUGUUGCUAAAGAGAAGCCUUAUUAUUUCUGGCCCUGAUUGUUGUAAUAUUUUAUGCAGUUGUCCUAGACUUGUAUUGGAACUUUGCCUGAGCCUAGAAUACCAAAUUUGGGUGCAUUAAUCACUGCAACUUUCCUUUAAUUUUGUGCAUUAUUCUGAUUCUCUGACACUCCUGAGCUUUAUAAAUGAGUUAGCAUUCGGGCUGAUUCUUUCAGCACUCAGUUAACAUAAAGGACUCCUAUUUGGUGGUUUGCAGUGUGGAUCCUGUAUUUUCAGAAAUGUCUUUACCUUUUUUAAAAAUUCUGGAAUACCAUUUUAGAAGUCAAAGUCCAAGUGCAAUGAUUUUUUUCCUCCAGCCUUAUAGUUAACCACCUAUAGGUUGUUAGUGAUCAAACUAUCAAACCAUCAAGAGAAAGGCACAACCAGAAACUUUGGCUCUCAAAGAACUUUCCUGAAUUUUCUAAAUUGUAUUCCCACCUAGGAUAAGUAUUUUUAAUAGAUUGGAAAUCGGUUUUUAAACCAUUUAAUUUAAACUGGAGUAAGGAUGGGAAAUUGCAAGUCUGUUUCUUCCUAAGAAUAUAUUAUUAUCCUACCACACUACUACAUUUCUCUCAAUUUCCAUUUCUUCGUAGUUAUUUUUUAGAAAGCCAUUUGGGUUCUGAGAAGCACUAAUUCUUGGUUGGGAGAGGUCUAUGCAAGUAAGACAGAAUCAUCAAAGCUCAAUGAUUUAUCUCUGAUGGGCUCUGCUAGCAAAUUUACUUUUCAUGGUUAUGUUGAAAUAAUUUAGUAUCUCACUAGGAUGCCAGUUUUUCUCCAAAAGAGUGUGAAAUAUUGUUUUUUUGUUUUGUUUUGUUUUGUUUUUUGAGACAGGGUCUUGCUAAGUUGCUGAGGCUGGCUUAGAACUUGCUCCUGCCUCAGCCUCCCAAGCUGGGAUGAUAGGUGUAGGCUGCCCACACCCAACCUAUUUUUGUUUUUUGAUCUCAUUUCCAAGUUGUUUACAGGGUCAUUUUUUUUUCAAUGAUGUGAUAGAAUGAUAACUAGUAAGAUUUAGGUAUAAUCUGGUUUUAAUAACUUGAUCAAAACUGUUAUUUUUUAACUCAGCAGGCAGCCUAGGCCUUGACUGAAAGAAGGGGUAAGUCCUUCAUUGCAUGAUGAUGUGUGCAGGUUUCCCUGACUACUGAAUUUCUAAUUUUUAUAUUUUGAAUUCACACUGACUUCACAUAGUAACUUGUGUUUCUAAAAUAUCCUAACUCACUUGUUGAUAAGGAAACAAACCAGAUUUGCUUAAAUCUGUUCAAGGCUGACAUUCUGAAAUUCUAAACUGGAAAUAAGACUAUUUGGAAUGGUUCUAAUAUUAUGAUCAGGCCUCAAGUGGCUGUUUGGGAAAGAAGUUUUCCUUUUGAUGAAACUUCAAAAUGGUGUUUGGUAAUUUAAGCAGUUUUUAAAAACACAGCUUAAUAAAAAAAACAACAGCUCAAUGAGUACUCAUGCAAACCUUUGUUCUAUUGCUUUUGUUUUUCUUUGGUGAAAGGGAGAGAGAGGAAUUGAUAAUACCAAAAAAAAAGUAAUAACUAUACAUAACUUUUGGUGAGGCUGCUUUCAUCUUAGAAUGGGGUAUCCUUGAACUAUAACCGUAACGUGGUUUUUAAAAAAAAUCAGUACUAUAAAUUGAGAAUGUCAGUCAUGAGCUUAGUGUUUAAUACAUCUCACUUGGAGUUAUUUGCAUGAUUAGUCUUGUGUAUCUUGAUAGUCAGCUUUGCUUUUGCUGUGCCAAUUCAAAAAUAACGUUUUUUCUAAGAGCUCUUAGAAUUAAUUGACAUCAGAUUUGUUUUGAUCACCUGGUUUUGUAUAGUAUUUCUGGGACCAAGACAUUUAUAUUAAAGCAACAACACUUGAUCAUUUUAACGUAGAGCAUAAGAAACAGUUAUCUAUAGAAGAUUUGUGUGCUUUUGUGUUUUAACCCUUUCAGGCUGCUGGCUAGGCAGUUUCUAGAGCACUCUCUUUCCUCACUUAUCUCAUGACUGGUGUAGCAUGUGAUAUGUUUAAAAUAUUUCAUUUUGUGCUUCAUGAUUGUCAUAUCAACACUAUACUCUAGACAGGUGAGCUGAAUUAUACAUUUAUUUACUCGGUCUGAUUCAAGCAAAACUAAAGGAAUUUUUUUGGUACUUUCCUCAAACUGAGCUUAAAUAAAAAGGAUAUAUCAGCCACAUUUCAUGUCUUUGAAAAUAAACAGUAUCGUGAAACAAACACGCUGCCUACACUAGAAAAAUAGGGUGCUUUAACUGUCGAAUAUUUGAGAAACUCCUCAGUCUCUCCUCCACCGUCAACCAUUUUGACACAGCUUGUCACUCCAGUUUGUGACUUUCUUAAGAAGAGUCCAUAUUGUUGUUUGAUGCUCACAUUAUAACAUAGGUUCUGGUCACUGGACCAAAACCAAAACAGCUUAUAGUUGAGUGCUACAAUACAGUAACAUAAUAGUCAUUUUGCUUUAAGGAAUUUAAUUAAUCAAAUUAUUGCUCUUUAUCAUUGGCUCCUGUAGGGCUUUCCUCUUACUCUGUGACCAUUCCUACAAAUAUUUUACACUUACACUAAAGCACAUAAGCUAAAGCACUUGUUAGCUUAUUCCUCCUACUUCAUGCACUCGUGAAAAGCAGUGCUUGCUAGGUGUUUGAAGAUAUUACAAUCCAUGUGCUAGGGCUCAUUGAAUUAUUUGUAAAAUUGAUAUUUAGUUGUUAACAACUUUUUGGGCUAGCAGUAUCCAGGCCCCUAUGCAAGGUAUAAUCUUGACUGUCUCCCUUCAAGUCAGAGGAGAUGUAGUAUUUAGAAGAUUUGAGACAUUACGUUUUAAAAUAACUUGUCUUAUGUUACUGAAGCUAUCUUGCUCUGUGUUAAAGCUACUAAUUGUCUCAAUGUUAAGUUUUCAAUAAACAUAUUUCUUUAGAA